GGCGGGACAACAGGAAGUAAACAUUGACGGACUGAUCUCGUCUCUGUCGGAAGCCUCUUUGGGGUCGGCUGUGGCCGGACUGGAGGGGUCCAGAUAACCAUGUCAGCUGCAGCUGUAGAUGCAGUUAAUGCGGCCCCCCUGUCGGGGUCCAAAGAAAUGAGUCUGGAGGAACCAAAGAAGAUGACCAGAGAGGACUGGAGAAAGAAGAAGGAGUUAGAAGAGCAGCGGAAACUGGGUAAUGCUCCUGCAGAAGUUGAUGAAGAAGGAAAAGACAUCAACCCUCAUAUACCUCAGUAUAUUUCUUCAGUGCCGUGGUAUAUUGAUCCAUCAAAAAGACCUACUUUAAAGCACCAGAGACCACAACCAGAGAAACAGAAGCAAUACAGCUCAUCUGGAGAAUGGUACAAGAGGGGUGUAAAAGAGAAUUCCAUAACUACUAAGUACCGCAAGGGAGCAUGUGAAAAUUGUGGGGCCAUGACACACAAAAAGAAAGACUGCUUUGAGAGACCUAGGCGAGUUGGAGCAAAAUUUACAGGUACUAAUAUAGCUCCAGAUGAGCAUGUCCAGCCCCAGCUGAUGUUUGACUAUGAUGGGAAGAGGGACCGGUGGAAUGGCUACAAUCCAGAGGAACACAUGAAAAUUGUAGAAGAAUAUGCCAAAGUUGAUCUGGCAAAACGAACACUGAAAGCCCAGAAACUCCAAGAAGAAUUAGCCUCAGGGAAAUUAGUGGAACAAGCUAAUUCUCCAAAACACCAGUGGGGAGAAGAGGAACCAAAUUCUCAAACGGAAAAAGAUCAUAACAGUGAAGAUGAGGAUGAAGAUAAAUACGCAGAUGACAUUGACAUGCCUGGACAGAACUUUGACUCUAAGAGGCGAAUUACUGUCCGGAAUCUCAGGAUUCGAGAAGAUAUUGCAAAAUAUUUGCGGAAUUUAGAUCCAAAUUCUGCUUACUAUGAUCCCAAAACUAGAGCGAUGAGAGAGAAUCCCUAUGCCAAUGCAGGAAAGAAUCCAGAUGAAGUGAGCUAUGCAGGGGAUAACUUCGUUAGAUACACAGGAGAUACCAUUUCAAUGGCUCAGACACAGUUGUUUGCUUGGGAAGCCUAUGACAAGGGAUCUGAAGUGCAUCUGCAGGCCGAUCCUACAAAACUAGAGCUGUUGUACAAGUCCUUCAAAGUCAAAAAAGAAGACUUCAAGGAACAGCAGAAAGAAAGCAUCCUGGAAAAGUAUGGUGGCCAAGAACAUUUGGAUGCCCCUCCAGCUGAAUUGCUUUUAGCUCAGACUGAAGACUAUGUGGAGUACUCAAGACAUGGGACAGUCAUCAAAGGACAGGAGAGGGCUGUCGCCUGCUCUAAGUAUGAGGAGGAUGUGAAGAUCCACAAUCACACACAUAUCUGGGGAUCUUACUGGAAAGAUGGCCGAUGGGGAUACAAAUGCUGUCACUCCUUUUUCAAGUAUUCCUAUUGCACGGGAGAAGCUGGGAAGGAGAUUGCUAAUUCAGAGGAAUGUAUUAUAAAUGAUAUAACUGGAGAAGAAUCUGUAAAAAAACCUCAAACGCUCAUGGAGAUGCAUCAGGAAAAACUAAAAGAAGAUAAAAAGAAGAAAAAGAAGAAGAAGAAGAAGCAUCGAAAGAGCAGUUCAGAUAGUGAUGAUGAAGAAAAGAAACAUGAAAAAUUGAAAAAGGCCCUGAAUGCAGAGGAAGCCCGCCUUCUUCACGUCAAGGAGAUUAUGCAGAUUGAUGAGAGGAAGCGGCCUUACAAUAGCAUAUAUGAAACUUGGGAACCCACUGAAGAGGAAAUGGAGGCCUAUAGAAUGAAACGUCAGAGGCCGGAUGACCCCAUGGCCUCCUUCCUUGGACAGUAG